UGCACAGGCCCUGGAGCUCACAGAGGGAAAGGUUGCUAGGUGUUUCCUCCAAAAGCUUGCAUUUGCAGGAGUCCUGGAGCUGAGGCUGCAGUGAACUUAGGCCUCAGCUGAGCAGUCUGGGUGCAGAGGGAGGGGCGUCCUGGUCAGGCAAGUCACAGUGGCUUCUGUGCAUCCCAAAGCUCAGGCAAACGGCUCUGUGGACCACACUGGCAGCGGUGGUUUGGGCCUUUGCGGGGCCUGUGCUCAGAAGCACCAGCCACCCACCACCACCAGCCACUUCCCGUGCCCCAGCCCUUGGUCAGCUUUGGGCUCCUGACUCCCAGAGAGAACCUGAAGGAUCCUGCACCCCAGGACAUGAUGGCUGAGGCCACAGGGUCAAGGAAGCCACUGGUGGAGGUGGCAGGUGUACCACUGCAGGCUGCCAUGGUAGACAACUGGAGCCAGAUCCAGAACUUUGAGGCCAAGCCAGACGAUCUCCUCAUCUGUACCUACCCCAAGUCAGGGACAACGUGGAUUCAGGAAAUCGUGGACAUGAUUCAGCAGGACGGGGAUGAGGUGAAGUGUCAGCGGGCCAUCAUUCAGCACCGCCACCCAUUCAUUGAGUGGGCACGGCCACCCCAGCCCUCAGGUGUGGACAAAGCCAACGCCAUGCCCUCCCCACGGACGUUAAGGACACACCUGUCCACCGUGCUGCUGCCGCCUUCUUUCUGGGAAAAGCACUGCAAGUUCCUUUAUGUAGCUCGGAAUGCCAAGGACUGCAUGGUUUCCUACUACCAUUUCCAGAGGAUGAACAAUGUACUCCCCGACCCUGGCACCUGGGAAGAGUAUUUUGAAACCUUUGUCAAUGGAAAAGUGGCCUGGGGCUCCUGGUUUGAUCAUGUGAGAGGAUGGUGGGACAUGAGGGACAGAUACCAGGUUCUCUUCCUCUUCUACGAGGACAUAAAGAGGAACCCCAAGCAGGAAAUCCAGAAGGUGAUGCAGUUCAUGGGAAAGAACUUGGGAGAAGCAGUCCUAGAUAAAAUUGUCCAGGAGACGUCCUUCGAGAAAAUGAAAGAGAAUCCCAUGACAAAUCGUUCCACUGUUCCCAAAUCUCUCAUGGACCUAUCCAUUUCCUCCUUCAUGAGAAAAGGAACUGUGGGGGACUGGAAAAAUCACUUCACUGUGGCCCAGAAUGAGAAGUUUGAAGAAAUCUACAGGAAAAAGAUGGAUGGCACUUCUAUCCGCUUCUGCCUGGAGCUCUGAGCAGGUCUCAAAGGCACUCAAGCGCUGGCCUCGUCCUCAGCCAGAAGAAGCUCUGAGAGUGCAUGGCACAUAUAGGUGAGCCUGUGUCAACCGCUGUGAGAUCACUACCAGUGUGUCAUGGCUUCAUUCUGAAGGACCAUGUCGAACACCGGUUUCUCCACUAUUCUUUCCAAAGUAAGAAAUAAAACAAACCUCGGACCACAUGUCCUGUGAGAUAGGAGCCCGGUAACUCUCAGUCCAGCACAAGUACCAACACAUGGCUCUCAGCUUCUCCAGGCCUUGGCAGUGGCCACAUCAUCACUCUCUGGUUGGCAUAGGCUGCCAUCCAGCCAGGAAACCAUGGUCCCUCAUGCCCUCUGCCAGGUAUAAUGUGAGACCUGGCACAGGGCAGAGUCAGUAUAGACAACCAGCAGCCACUGCUGGUCACACUGCUGAAGCUCUGCCUGUGGCUCCCUGAUGUCCUCCAGUCUCAAGCCCCAUGGUGUCAGUGGCAGCAGCAGUGGUCCAGACACUCGGGUCCCUGCUGGACCUGUCCAUACAGCAGCACUGUCAGGUACGAGGCUGUCCAUUCAGCAUCACUGUCAGGUAUGCCCCUCCUGUUCUGGGGAGCUGGCAGGCCUGGGGUGGGAGGUGGUUACACAGGUGACCACCCUCAGUAUCAGUACAGCUCAGGAGAAAUAGGCUCUACAUCCAGCAUCAAGCCAUCAUCCUCCCUCACAAGCAGGCAGCUGCACUGAGGUGAGGUCUGGGUCAGGUAUCCCCUGCCACAAGUGCCACAAGCAGCACUCUGGACCUGCUGCUCCCACCACAGCACCAGACACAGCUCUGCUGUCACAGAGAGACCCCUCAGCCACCUGCAUGCUGCUGAUCUCCCACUGUGCCUGAGGGGCCCAGAGACUGCGCUGGCUGUCAACAUCCCUGCUUCUCAAAUGCAUCCCACCAGGGUCACUGUCCCUGUGGCUCUUUCUUCAUCAGCACGGAGUGUGGGCACAGGAAGGAGAUGCUGUCAGGAUGCAGGACCCCUCAGACCUUGCCACCCUGACCUCCAGGGUGCUGGGUCCCCCUGCACAGAUGUGUGGCAGCCACUCUACUGUGUCCUGUGACAAGCAUCAUCCUCAUCAGUCUGCAUGACACCAUCCAUGUGUGGGACCGGUGACACCAGCAAGGACUCCCACACAAAGCAGACUUUUGAGUCCCCUGAAAGCAGAGUGGCAACAUGCAGUGCGGUAUGCAUCGAGUUGAGGAUGACAGGUCCUCUUCUGUGGUGGUGGGUUUGCCCUGCAGCAGCAACACCAAGUGCCACCUGACUGACCUCACCGUCCUUCUCCAAGUCCCACCUGGGUUUGUCUCUGGCCACCAGGGCUACUGAAGACACAGUGGCCAGAUCAUGAAUGCCCAGCCCACUCCAACUCUUUGCUGGUCUCUCUAGGCUCCGUGCAUCCCUCUGGCACCUGUGCAACCUGGCUCACUCCCCCUGGGACAAGCAGGCCCCCCAACACCUGUUUGGAUUUCCUCAGUCUUGUCUUCAAGACCUGGCCUCUGAGUCAGAACCCCUCAUAAAGGCUGGACAAGUCUCUCCCAACAGAAGGUCCACCUCCAGAAGGUUCUCAGGGGCCAGGGAGAGGAGCAUCUGUCCCAGCAGCCAGAUGCAGUGGUUCCACUCUCCAGCCUCAUGCCCCUGCCAAUCUGUAGCCAGGGCUCCCAAGACACUCCAGUGGCCAUGAUCGGUGUCCACUCAACAUACGUGUCUGCCCGGGCAAUGGCCCUCACUCAUGGAGGACUAGAAACAGUGACUUCCACAUGAGACUUGCAACCUCACUCUGGAGUGACCUGGGCUCUCCCUUAAUUCCCAGAGGUGGGGUCCAUCCUGGGUAGUAGCGGUGACAGGUGGAUAGUGGCAUCCCUGACCUCCUGCCUGAGGACAACAGGAGCCACCACUGCCCUUAACUCCAAGUGCAUUGUGUCUACCUGUCUUUCCUCUGAGCAUGGGAGGGGGGAAUCAGGCCACCUCUGCCUACUUGUGACAUUAGCUGCUGUCCCACUGCCUGGUUUGUUCUUGUUUUACUUGUCCCUCUAUCUCAUUAGGCCUUGAAAGAAGCUGUCCCUACCUGUCCCAGCCACAGGCUCAGUCUCUCUGUGGUCAGGCCCAGCCUCACCACAUCAUAAACAUUCUGCACCAGGCUGAGGGGCAGAGGGCUGAGCCAGCAUCGGGGACAUUCUGUCACAGUUCGUUUCUCCUUCUGGCCAUGACAUCAGCUUCAGCCUGUCUUUGGGAUGUUGAUCCAGACUGGCCUGUCCUCAACCAAUUCCCACAGAAGACCUGGGCUCUCCAUGUAGCUAAGCCUCUCUCAGGCUGGAGAUUACCUAGCCGUAAGGGAAUGGUUUCCUUAGGCCUGGCCGGCACCACUUGAGGCCAGAUGAGUGGUGACAAAGCUCAUUUCCUCAGUGUCAUCUCCCACCGGAUCACAUCCCCUCCUGUGGGCCAUAGUCUACAUCCAGGCACCCAGCCUCUCAGAGCACAGGUGUGUGGGUGCAUGCAGUAUCAGUGACUGCAGCGGCACAGUCCUGAGGCUGCAACUUCUCUAGCGGAGGCAGCUCCCAUGCCUGCACACACCCAGUCUUUGCCUUGCUGGUACCCAGCAGUGUUUUUAUCAUGAAAAGGUGUGGAAUUUUGUAACGUGACAGAGCAAAAACAUCCUUAAAGAUACUUGCAGAUCUUUA